AUGGCGUCGGACCCAGCACCGUCCACGGACAAGUGGAUGAAUUUUCUGACGGAGGCGAAUCUCGACGACGACACCUAUGUGCCCGGCGUGCUGCUGCCGUCGCAGCCUGCGUUAGAGCAGGUCGCGUGCAGCGCCGAGGGCGGCGGCGGCAACACGGAGGAAGGCGAAAAGACAGGUUCCAGCAGCAGGAAGAGGUCGCGUGAUGAGGGCGCGGCCACUGCUGACGUGUCAUGCAGCAAGGCCAACCGGGAGAAGAUGAGGCGCGACCGACUCAACGACAGGUUCCUGGAGCUGAGCCGAUCUCUUGAGCCAGGGAAAGCCCCCAAGGCGGACAAGGCGAGCAUCCUGUGUGAUGCGGUCCGCGUGCUCUCCCAGCUGCGCGCCGAGCGGGAGGCGCUCAAAGAGAACAACGCCGCACUGCAGGAGCAGAUCAAGGAGCUCAAGGCUGAGAAGCAUGAGCUUCGUGAGGAGAAGGCCCGACUCAAGGCGGAGACCAACCCCUACUUCGGAAAAGGGCUCACCGCAAAGCUUCCUCCCGCCCUCUUUGGCAAGCGCUGCGGCGCGUGCUACAAUGUGCAAUGCCACAACGACACGAAGCGCUGCCGCAAAGGCAAGGCGAUCGUGACCGUCCGCAUCGUAGGCGAGACUACCACGGAGAAGCAGCUCUCGCUCUCCGCCGUCUCGUGGUCCAAGAUCGUGCAGGGGACAGACGCCGCGCCUGUUCACAUCACGUACAAGCGCACCAACUGCGUGUCGACCGUCGGAUCGGGUGUCCGCGUGCGCAGAAACUCUACCGCGGAGAAGUUCAACAUUCAGAUGGUGGGGCUUGCCGGCCCUGGUACGCUGACCGAGGUCGAGCUUAGCGCGGACGGGAAGAAGUGGGUGAAGCUGACGCGCGACGGCAGCAAGGCGGUGUGGGGAAUCGCGGGCGCAGAAGCGAAGGAGGUUGUGGGCGCGAAGGCGAUGAGCGUGCGCCUCACCGCGGGGCACACCCUCGAGAAGAUCACACUCGAUAAAGUCAUUCCCGCUAACUGGAAGCCGUCGACGCUGUACUCUUCGAAGACCAACUUCAAGAAACUCAUGGCUGAAAGCAAGUAG